AUGAAGGGAAUGCUGGGAGGAUCAGUCUUGUUUCCUGCCAAUGUAUCUCAAGGAAUAACAGUGCAGAAAAUGGAAUGGGACUUUUACCCCCAAAGCGGUGGCCUGGGCUUUUGGCUGGGGGAAUUCAGUCAUGGGAAACUGGAGCACCAAAGUCCCACUGACCAGUUUCAACAACGGCUAGACAUGGUGGAUGAGACAACACUGAGGAUCAAAGACCUGGAGUUGGAUGACAGUGGGAUCUACAGUGCUCGCAUCUGGCUUACUAAGACACUGUUUAAAGAACAGCGUUUCAGCCUCACCGUUUAUGGUAAGUUAUUGUUUUCACUCUUUGACUCAUGGAAUAGGAUGAAUAGGACCCAAACCUUAUGCUGUUUUCAUUUGUGUUCCACAGAGCCAGUGCCAACACCACAGAUAGACCACCAAUUGGAAUCCAAGACUCCAGGUGGAUGUAAUGUGACCUUGCGAUGCCUCACACCUAGAAGGGAAGAGCUCAAGGUCUCCUGGGAAACAGGGGGUCCACACAAGGCCUUAGGAAAGAGUGUGAAUCAGUACCAGGUUUCUGACAUUGGCCAGGAGCUCCGUGUCUCCUUCUGGAACAGUUCUUUCAACUCCAAAUUCACCUGCCUGGUCAGCAAUCCUGUUGAUCGAAAGAGAGCCUCGUUUGACUUGCUCAACAUCUGCCAGAGUGAUGAAGGUGAGCAAUAUAUCCUUUCCUUCAUUAUGCAAAGGAGGUCCUUGUGGUUGCGAAAAGGCAGGCUAGCCCUUAACAUGAGGGAUUAGCAACACUUGCUUAUCUAUUGUUAUUUAUUCUACUGCUCUCAGCUGAGUGUGAGCAUGAGAAUCUGAAUCGCGGGGUCAUGAGUUUAAGCCCUGCAUUGAACAAAAGAUUCCUGCAAUGCAGGGGGUUGGACUAGAUUACUCUACUUGUCCCUUCCAACUCUACAAUUCUAUGAUUCCGUGAGAGUCACUCUGACGAUUGUUAUUAGAGUAUGUUUUGAGAGACUCUUAUUGUUCUUUGUGUGGGAUAUAAAGCUGUCAGUCAAGGCCAAUAUUCCGAGAGGACCUGCCCUGUUAUAGUGAGCAGAAUUGAACCCUCCCCUCUCCAGCUAGUGAAUGGAGGAUUCAGGCCUCUGGCCGCAGGGCUCUGCUUCCCACAUCCUUCCCCCAGUGAACCCAACAGGAUUGCGCUCUCCACUUACCAGCUGUUCUGGACUCUUCCCAAAAUACUAAUUUUAUCAUUGAUAAUAACUGAGUGCUGGAGAAUGGAAAUGACAUACUUUGGUCAAUUCAAAAUGGGCAAUCCCACCUGCUCUCUUAUGGUCAUAGUUAUGGCAAGUUCUCCAGUGGAACUAGAAAGCUAGUCCUAAAGGCUGGGACUGAGGUGUAGGGAAGAUGCCUGCUUUUAGGCAAAUUGGUAUCCUUUCUUGGACAACACUGGACUUGGACAGGACUUUAAUUUUCUCCAGGUUUCAGUUGGGCCCAAAUGCCCAGAAAUUCUUUUAAGAGUUGCAUCUCCAGAGUCCCUCCUGUCAUAUUUUUCUCUUCCCUUCCAGGUUGA